AUGAGCAUGGAAAUUGGAAAGCAAUCUCAGCAAAUAAAAGUGUGGAGACAUGUAGGAGAGAGAUAUGAUGUUGAAUGUUUAGCACCCUCUUUUAAAAGUGGACAACAUCCAGAAACAAAAAAAUUUUCCAAAAGUGUAGAUGAGCUCAAGACUGCCUUGAGUGAGGAGUGGUCAAAAUUUGAUGUAUCAAUUCUUAGGAAGGUUGUGAACUCAAUACCACAAAGAAUUGAAGAAGUAUUGGAUACAAAGAGAGGACAACAAA